AUGCCACCCACCCGCGACCCCGAAGCCGGCUGCCUCAUCCCAGAAAAGGGUAACUGGCCAGUCGACCCGCAAGAUGACCAACCCCUCGACGAACACCGCUUCUGGAUCGACGGCUGCUUCGACUUCUUCCACCACGGCCACACAGGCGUGAUGCUGCAGUCCCGACGUCUCGGGUCCGAACUCCUCGUCGGCCUGCACAGCGACGCCGACAUUGCGGCCAACAAAGGCCCUACGGUCAUGAACCUCGAGGAGCGCGCUGCUGCGAUCGAUGCGUGUCGGUUCAGUACGAAGGUGGUCCCGCACGCGCCGUACGUGACGAGUAUACCCUGGAUCAGCCACUACGGCUGCAAAUACGUGACGCACGGAGACGACAUCACCAGCGACGCUGGCGGGGAGGACUGCUAUCGCUACGUCAAGCGGGCGGGGAGGAUGAAGAUCGUGCCGCGGACGCCGGGGAUCAGUACGACGGACUUGGUGGGGCGGAUGUUGAUGUGUAGCAAAGAGCACCAUAUCCGGAGUCUGCGGGCGACGAUCCAAGGGAACGAGGGCAGGGGCGGGGAGGAGGAGAGGCGGAAGAGGGGGAAGGAGAUGAUGGCGAGGAUACGGGAGUACGCUGCUGCGCCGAAUGGGAGGGAUGAGUGGGUCGGGGUGUAUGAUUUCGCGCCGAAGCAUCGGCCGUUGGAGCGGAGGAUGAGUCAGUUGAAGGCUGGGGAGGACCUGACGCGGGCGCAGAGUCAUGAUCAUGGGAGAGGGACCUUUGAGAAGAUGGUUCCUGGAUUGCCUCCGCGGCCGGGGCAGCGGGUUGUGUAUGUUGAUGGUGGCUGGGAUCUGUUCAGCUCUGGACACAUUGCUUUCCUGCAGCAGGUAGCUGCUCUCGAGGAUGAAGCUGGCCGUGAACGCGGAUGGUUCAAGGACGAGGCGAAAGCGCAGCGGAUAGCCGAUACUGGAAUCGACUACAGGCCUGCAUUCGUGGUAGCCGGCAUCCACACCGACGAGGUGGUAAACCACUACAAAGGCAUCAACUACCCAAUCAUGAACACUUUCGAACGCGGCUUGUGCGUGGUGCAAUGCACCUACAUCCACUGUGUCGUCUUCUCGGCUCCUUUCGUCCCGAACAAGACCUACCUCUCCUCCCUCCCCUCCGGAACUCCGGACGUGGUCUACCACGGCUCAACGAACAACAUGGGCUCCGUGGCUGAUCCAUACGCUGAUGCGAAAGCGAUGGGCAUCUUCCAGCAGACUCCCGAGCACCGCUUCCAGGACGUUAAUGCUGAGAACAUUGUCCGAAGAAUUCUGGACCGGAGAGGUGACUAUGAGGAGCGGCAGCGGCAGAAGGGGAGUAAAGCUGUGGGGGAGGAGGCACAUAGGAAACGCGAGGAGUUGGCGAGAGAGGCGGAGCAGGAGAGGGAGAAGAGGGCGAGGGAGGUUGAGAGGCUGUUUGGUGCCUGA